AUGGGAACGGAAAUCGACGGCGGGUGGCCAGAACUCACCGGGAAGAAUCGCCAGAUCAGAUGUGCCGGCGGCAGAUUUGCGCCACUCGAUCAGGUUCAGGCUUCAGAUGAGUGCCACUGACUCAGAUGAUCAGGUUCAGAUCUCCCAAACCGAACAGCGGGGCGCCGGCCUCCUCCCGCCUGCCAACUCCCGUCCACCCGCUGCCACCACCGUAUCCGCAAACCCCAUCCCCUAUGCUGCGCGCGGGCCUCCCCUCCACGCUCUCAUCCCGCGCCUCGCUCACGAGCUCGUAGUCCGGAGCUGGCACCCGGCGGCCAACGCGCGCCGCGGACGAUGGAGGCCACCGGCCGCGGGCUGUUCCCGAACAAGCCCACUCUUCCCGCGGGGCCAAGAAAGCGUGCCCCGCGCACGUCGGCGCCGCUCCUCCCGUCCGCGCCUCCGCCGCCGUCGCCCUCCUCGCUCCAGCUCGACUCCCUCCUGCUCCACCUCACCGCGGCGCCGGCGCCGGCGCCCGCUCCGCGCCGGUCGCACCCGACCCCGACCCCGCCGCACUCCUUCCUCUCCCCCGCUGCACAGGCCCUCGUGCUUGCCAUCUCCUCGCACCCGCUCCCCACCCUCCCGGCCUUCCUCGCCUCCCGCCGCGACGAGCUCCUCCGCGCGGACAUCCCGUCCCUCCUCAAGGCGCUCGAGCUGUCAGGCCACUGGGAGUGGGCGCUCGCGCUGCUCCGCUGGGCCGGCGCGGAGGGCGCCGCCGACGCUGCCUCGCUCGAGAUGGUGGUCCGCGCGCUGGGGCGCGAGGGCCAGCAUGACGCCGUCUGCGCGCUGCUCGACGAAAUGCCGCUUCCGCCGGGGUCCCGCCUCGAUGUCCGCGCCUAUACCACCGUGCUGCACGCGCUCUCCCGGGCGGGGAGGUACGAGCGCGCGCUCGAGCUUUUCACCGAGCUCCGGCGCCAGGGGGUGGCGCCCACGCUAGUCACCUACAACGUCGUGCUCGACGUGUACGGCCGGAUGGGGCGCUCGUGGCCGCGGAUCGUCGCGCUGCUGGAGGAGAUGCGCGCCGCGGGGGUCGAGCCCGACGACUUCACUGCUAGCACUGUGAUCGCCGCGUGCUGCCGGGACGGACUCGUUGACGAGGCGGUGGCAUUCUUCGAGGACCUCAAAUCCCGUGGUCACACCCCCUGUGUCGUCACGUACAAUGCGCUGCUGCAGGUGUUUGGAAAGGCCGGGAACCACACAGAAGCGCUGCGUGUGCUCAAGGAGAUGGAGCCGAACGGCUGUCAGCCGGAUGCCGUGACAUACAACGAGCUCGCCGGAACAUAUGCCAGGGCUGGGUUCUACGAGGAGGCUGCCAAGUGUCUGGAUACUAUGAUCGGCAAGGGUAUAUUGCCAAACACAUUCACAUAUAAUACCGUGAUGACAGCUUAUGGGAGCAUCGGGAAGGUGGACGAGGCACUUGCUCUAUUCAAACGGAUGAAGAACAGCGGGUGUGUUCCGAAUGUGAACACGUACAAUCUUAUCUUGGGCAUGCUUGGCAAGAAAUCAAGGUUCACCGUGAUGCUGGAGAUGCUUGGGGAAAUGUCGAGAAGCGGAUGCACGCCGGACCGGGUCACAUGGAACACAAUGCUUGCUGUCUGUGGGAAGCGAGGCAUGGAGGAAUAUGUUACCCGGGUUCUUGAGGGGAUGAAGUCUUGUGGGGUUGAGCUGAGCCGAGACACCUACAACACGCUGAUAUCUGCAUAUGGCCGGUGUGGUUCAAGGACCAAUGCUUUCAAGAUGUACGAUGAAAUGACCAGAGCUGGCUACGCCCCCUGCCUCACCACAUACAAUGCAUUGCUGAAUGUGGUAUCGCGACAAGGCGAUUGGCCUACGGCUCAGUCAAUGGUAAGCAAAAUGAGGACCAAGGGGUUCAAGCCGAACGAGCAGUCAUAUUCACUAUUGCUUCAGUGCUAUGCCAAGGGUGGCAAUGUUGCUGGGAUAGAGGCGAUCGAAAAGGAAGUUUAUGAAGGCACUGUUUUCCCAAGCUGGGUUAUCUUGAGGACCCUAGUGAUUGCCAAUUUCAAGUGCCGACGAUUGCAGGGAGUUGAAAAGGCAUUUCGAGAGGUAAAGGCACGGGGUUACAAACCUGACCUUGUCAUAUUCAACUCCAUGCUCUCAAUGUAUGCAAAGAAUGGGAUGUACAGCAAGGCCACCGAGAUGUUCGAUUCCAUCAAGCAGAGCGGGCUGAGCCCUGACCUCAUCACAUACAACAGCUUGAUGGACAUGUAUGCAAAGUGCAAUGAGUCAUGGGAAGCUGAAAAGAUACUGAACCAGCUCAAAAAUUCUCAGUUAAAACCUGACGUAGUUUCUUAUAACACGGUCAUAAACGGAUUCUGCAAGCAAGGGCUGAUCAAAGAAGCUCAGAGGAUCCUCUCCGAGAUGGUUGCUGAUGGCAUGGCUCCCUGCGUCAUAACCUAUCACACACUCGUUGGGGGAUACGCUAGCCUGGAGAUGUUUAGUGAGGCUAGAGAGGUUAUCAGCUACAUGAUUCAGCACAACCUGAGGCCUAUGGAGCUGACCUACAGGAGAGUAGUCGACAGCUACUGCAAAGCCAAACGAUACGAGGAAGUUCGCGAUUUUCUCUCUGAAGUUUUAGAAACUGACCCAAAUUUUGAUAAGAAAGUGCUGCGCACGCUCGCAGCCCGGGUAGAGGAUGCACAGUUUGGAAGGUAGGCUACCUAUGGUAUGGGUGGGCUCUGGUAUGGUUCAUAUUUCGUGCCUUGCAGGCGUCUGGCAGUUGGCAUAUAUGUUCAAGUUUUGAUAGGGGAGAUUACUACGCACCUUGAAGAGAUUACAUCUCACGGACGGCAAUACUACUGCACCUGCAAAUGGUGCCGUAUGAUGUAAAAAUAAUCAUCCCUCUCGUUCUUCGACAGGUGUACAGGGUACCUAUAGCCACAUUCUGAUGUACAUACUUCAGAUUGCAAGAAUUUGAAGCCUGAAGGGCACCUGAUGUACC